AAUCGAAGACAUGCUGCAGGACGAGAGAGCGGCAUUUUCCUCUUGACAAUAUUUGCAAGACUCAAUGCUUAAAUGUAUUGGUAUUAUAAUAUUUGUAUUCAAUCCCUGUGAACAUGGACGAUGAAUGGGAAGAAGAGGAGCAACUAGUUGUGGUGGAGCUCUCCGGUAUAAUCAGUAACGACUUUCUGUCCAAGUGUCGAGGCACAUGCAAGAUACUGGACAUUGACAGUGAUAGGCCCAUGAUGCAGGUUGGACAGUAUGUGUUCGCAGGAGAAUAUGAAGACGCUUUGGGAACUUGUGUGCUGUUCGAGGAGGGACCACAGAAAGGACAAGGAGACAGUGCUCCAGAGCUCAAGUACAUGUGCCACACCGUGAAGAAGCUAAUGAUGCAACGAAUCUUCCUUACUGAAAAGAAAGAGGCAGAAACCAGCACAGCAGGAAGUGGUGAUGGAGACGAACAGCAAGACACAACCUCUCAGUCCAAUCAAGAAGAAAAUGACGAACAACAGGGGAAAUUAAGAGAAGAGAUGGAGGGCAUAAAUUUAGACUCGGCUGUGGGUUGAGCGGUAUAUGCUUCACUACAUUAUGACUUUGCUUUGCACCUGUACAAUCACCAGCAUUUGUGAGGCUGUGAGGAGGCUCUUAAAAGACAGUUAGGUGUACAGGAAAUCAGUAACAAGGAGACUUGACAGUAGAAGUGGAGGUCUUUUACAAUAUGCCUUUUCUUCAUUGAGCCUCAGAUUCAGGAUAAUUUACCAUGCAACAUAAAUAUGGCAAAAUGUUACCUGAAGGUAAAAACAGGCUUCAACAGUUCAACAUGUAAAAGCAUAUCUUUCAAAUCUGCAUGGUACGAGUCAGGGGCAGUUAUAGAAAUGUGGUGCGAAAACUCAGCUUAGUGGUAGGAAGUGCAGUCAUUGUGUCUCUGAUUAAUUCAUUGACAGGGAAUUGAAAGAAAACUAUUGGAUUUGGGACUUUUGUUUGGAUAAAAAGGAGAUCAGAUCAGUAGGAAAUACUGAGUAUUUUUGUACUGUUUUGAUUGUUGGAUGCAAAAUAUUAAAUAAUGAAAAAUUCUAGUUUUAGCCCUCAACAGAAAUCAGCGUGAACUGCAAGGUUACAGAAGAGUUGUGCUCAUUAGAGAAACAAGUUUGAUACUUGACUACAAAAAUACGUGGCCCAAAUGUUACUUAUUUGUGAAAAACCUAUACCAUGCAUUGGCACUAUUAUAGCAACACACACCAAUCAUGGAAGGAAAUACAGCUGUUUUAUUUGUUGAUUGAAUAAACGUGACAUAUUUUUUUGGAACAUGUAUAUUAUAAUUAUGCCAUUUUGUUUUGUUAUGUUCUUUUAAUCCCUAGAAUUGUUGCUGCACUGUUGUGGAUCGAGCAUUUGUUUACAACUCGAAUGGCUCAGAUCCCCUGUAUGAUAAGAACUGUGAAUAAAUCAAACAACAUGGAAACUGCA